CUGAUGUGCACGGUAUGGCGCCCUUUCACGAAAACGGCACAUUGCACUUGCAGUGACAUCCCGUAUCGCGUCAGGACUAAGGAUGACGGGCAUAGCAGGAGGAUUAUUGCUAAGACAAUUUCUAACGUCUGACGACACCACACAGUCUUUUUUAGGUGUUCGUUCCCAAGUGCGUUUUCUGGCUCGCAUCAGGCCUCUCGAGUGGGCCCGUUGUGCACCUCGCAUAUGCAACGCCACCGUCAUCAUUAAAACGACGCCCCGCACUAAGUUACGCGUUGAGGGGCAUCCGCUGAGCGGGCAUCCGGGCGCUCUCGACGCGUCGAGCUCUGAGAGAUUCAAGUUUACCACAAUUUGAAAUUGGGCACACAUUCAGCACACUCAACAACCAUGGGCAGCUUCGAUCAAAGCAAAGCAUACGCGGCACAAGAGGAAGAGGGUGCUUUCUUCGACGACGGUCGUGAGAUUGAGCUCCUACACUUCGUCUACUCCCAUGAGAACAUCGACAAGAUUCGCGGCUCGCCCGAGGGUGUUCUCGCAGCCAUCGAUGAGUAUGGGCGUACGAAGAAGUAUCUCAUGAAUGUCGGAGAGGACAAGGGUCGCAUUGUAACAGAUUUGAUCGCAGAAAUCAAGCCGAAGACCAUGGUCGAACUCGGUGGCUACGUUGGCUACUCGUGUGUUCUGUUCGGCGAUGCAGUUCGCAAAGCUGGAGGGCAACGGUACUUCAGUCUGGAGCGUGAUCCUGCCUUUGCUGCAGUGAUCAUGUCUCUCGUCGAUCUGGCAGGUCUCUCCGACAUCGUCAAGGUCGUCGUUGGCUCCAGUGAUGAAUCAAUUGCUCGCCUGUACCAGUCUGAGAAGCUGAAGCACAUUGAUCUCAUGUUUCUCGAUCACUACAAGCCUGCCUACACAACUGAUCUUAAGCUUUGCGAAGAGUUGGGAUUGAUCACCGAAGGCUCGGUACUGGCCGCGGACAAUGUAAUCAAGCCUGGCAACCCACCGUACCUCAAGUACGUCAGGAGCAGCGUCGAAGAGAAGAUUGAAGAGGCAAAGAAGAUCGGCAACAGCAACACAGAAGGCAUCGCAGAGACAAACGUCAAGAUGUAUGAGAAGAGGUACGGUGAGGCCAAAUUCAACCAGAGCCCUGGAAAACCAAAUCUCAUCUACGAGAGCAAGCUAGUGAACAGCUACGAACCUACUGGUGUGCCGGACGGCAUCGAGAUUACUCGCUGCAAGGGAGAGCAGAAGUGAGCGACGGUUUCGCAAAAGCAUCGCAUGCUGAUAUAGACUCGACGUCUUCUUGGUAGCACAAGUGUGUCAUGAAAGAUGCAGGAACCCGUGGAUGAAAUCGACGGCAAGGCUGACAGGACACCCUCAGCGGCUUCCAACACGUGGCUGCGGCAACAGCAGCCUUAACUCGGAUAGAACAUUCAGAACUUUGAUAAUCUUUCAUAAAGCUUAACCUCUUCCAUUUCAAAGCCAACAGCAUCGUAUGCUGCUCAUGUCAUAGUCUGCACUGUAGAUGUUUGGCGAUCCCUCGCUCCUGCAUUCUUACUGCACCACCCCACUUCCCACCAUGCGCGUCGCAUUACCACACAAAUGAUAGAUAUAUACGCGAUCCAGAAC